GAUGGAUAGAAUCGAUGCGACAUUUCACUCUUUACAGUUUUAAAUCAAUAGUAUAUCGAUUUCUGUCCCAAAGUUUUCAUUCUGAGAAUUGAUUUCAUGGCUAUGCGAUUAUUGAAUUGUUACGUUUGAUCACACGUGGACAUUUGCGCCUUCUCCACAUUCUGUUUUCGGAGGAAAAAAGAUAAUUAAUUCAUUUAAGUGGAUGGAAAUAAGGGUCAUCGUAGACGGAGUGGAACGGAGUGUUUCCGGAAUAACGGACACCACAACAUGUGCGCAAAUUAUUUAUGCUCUUGCUCAUGCAACGGGACAGAAGGGUCGUUUCGUUUUAAUUGAAAAUUUUCGAAAUACGGAAAGAAGUUUGGCACCAUUAGAUCGACCGCUUGAAAUGUUGCGGAAAUGGGGUACGCAUUCACGUUGUGUGACGUUUCUACUGAAGCAUCUAGAUGAGGGGCAUCAUCAGUUACCAGCGAAACUUAUCUUAUUGAUAAUGACGAUCAACCGGUACUAA